CGGCUUCAUUUCUUCUGCAACGGUUUGCCCCCUCGCGCCGGCGUUCGCGCCACAAAGAGGGGGCGGGGGAAGGAGCAGCGCGGGAAGCCCCGCCCACCUCUCCUCCUUAGAGCGAGUCCCUAACAACGAGUGAGCGGGUCAGUGGGGGCGCGUGUGCGCACUCCACCUCUCUUCCUGCCUCCCUCGUUGCUGCUGGUGGUGGUUAGAGACGGGAAGGGGGCUCAGAGAGAGGCAUCUGUGUUCUCUUCCCCUCAUUCUCCAUUAUUAUCAUCAUUAUAAUCCCUUUAACUCGCCUCAGCCAUGGAAGGGCCUGAGAAAGACAGCUGCCAAGUUCCUGCAAUUUACAACCUGGUUUUCAAAUCAGUCCCAGAGUGUGGUACAGCAUAUUAAUAAAUUAUUCAUAAUGAAGAAAAACAUGGAUUAAUAUUUGAAAUACAACAAAAAUAACGUGAAAAAUAUUAAGAAACUUGUUUCAACUCAUGCAAGCUUUUUUCUGAAACAUGAAACUCAAAGUAAACAUCUAGAAUUGGAAGAAGUGCAUGUUUCAGACUGAUUAUGACCUAUUGCAACAACACCUCCACGUUCUGGUCUAAAGGAAGAGCUAUUAAGCCAAAGCAGCAGUGGGACCCAGAUUUCAAAUGCCAGUGGUCUCUCCUUGGGAGAAGCUAUCAGACGAAGAUCUACUGUUAAUCAGGAAAUGGAAGCAUGGUUCCAGCCUCAUGCAGAAAUGGAUACAAGCAAUCAGAUAGCGGCCUUGGGAAGAAGGCGUUGCCAGACCAGUGGAACCUGCGACUUGACAGAGUUUCCAAGUAUGGAGGAAGGCUCGAUUACUCUGACAGAAGACUCUAGAAGGCAGCAAGCAUCCAACGUGACACACACUCCGCUAUUAAAAGUUGAGGAUAGUCACCUCUCUCCGAACCUCCCACUGAUGACAACGUACUCAACACAAGGUCGAACGUUCUUCAAUGAGACCCUUUUUCAGCAAACUGGAAUGGAUUUUGCUCCUUUGAGGGAGACUCCAGACACUUCUGAUGCUUCUGAAGAGACUGCCAGUCGUUUGCAGAUGCGUGAAGCUGUGAGGCUGGCAGCCACAGAUGUCAGCUCAGAUUCUUCUCUUAUCUCUGGGUACUUUUCACUGUCUCAACAUCCAAUGGCAUUCAGCACCAUGGCACCCACCAAUACCAGCCUUGGCAGUUGCCUGUCUCAGCAUCCCCUUUCUCUUUCUGGGCACAUACCUGUGGAACAGAGACAUAGUGAAAAGCAAAUGCCCCAUUUUGAUACAGGUUCUAAAACCAAUGAUGAGAAUUCUGAAGUCCUUGGUUCACAGAAGCUGCUAAGCCAGCGGCUGGCAACAUCUCUUCCUCCAAAGGAAUCUUGGGGAAUUGUCUCGGGCCAGGAUCUAUUUCUUUUAGACAGCAACGUGCCAACACCUCUCCUCCUUGACAUGUUGGAGAAAGAGGUGGGGUUAUCCCAGCACUGUGGGUUCUUAUCUUCUGAGAGCUCAUCUUGUAAAAGUGUUUUGGGAAAGGAUCCAGAAGAAAAUGAAAUGAGCCCAUUCACAGAAAAUGUAGUUCCAGUGGAGAGGGAGUCGGAAACAUUUGUAGAACCCCAUGGACAAGAAAGAACCAUUCCUGAGUGCGAUUCGUUGAAAGUGCUCUUUGAUUCAGAGGGAAAGCCCUUUAGAAAUGCCAGUGACUUGCGACAGUUACCUGCAAAUGUUUCCCAGGUAUCCUCCAGGGGACAUAGGAUAGGUUUGGGUGAUCCUUGCAUUAUUACUGAGAUCUCUCCAAGACCUUUGCUGAACAGGCAAGUGGUGCAGCAGGUUUCUGAAACUGUAUCUGAGGAACAAAAAAAGCUUGUUUCAACUCUUGCUGAUGGUAGACUUAAUGUCACUGCACCCUUCCAGCCGGUCUUUGGAGCUGCAGAAAAUGGCGAUACCCGCAGCAUGGUAGAUAUCCAGAUGGGGAGCAAAAGUGAAUUAACACUUUCAGACUUCAUUAUAGAGACAGAGCAUAAAGAUACUGGAACUUCACCUUCCUUUAAUGAGGGAUCAUUCUUUGGACACCUGGCUCAUCCAAUUCAUCAUUCUACCCCAGGAAUUUUUACAAACAGAAGCUUGAAGCAGAAAGUUCCUGGUACAACAGGCCUGGUGAAAUCUGUUCUUCAGUCCUCUCUCCCUUGCUUAUAUGAGGAGAUAUCGAAGAGUUCUUGUGCCAGUACAUUCAUUCCUUCUGUGGAAAAGCCUCGUGUGCCUUCUGCGGAUGACACUUGUGUUCCUUCUGCAGGAGAGCAACUUACCCUGCACAGUGGGCAAGAAUCAAAAAAUGAAAAUAGCGAUGGCUUCCAAGUUCUACAUCCUCUUAAAGGUAGGAUUCAGUCUCUACCUUCUCUUAACUUCAUGGAGAAGGUAGGGGCGUGGAACGUGAGCCAGUCAGCUGAGAGGAUGUCUGAUGCUUUGGCUUUAUAUGGCUCAAGUGGCAUUUCUCCUAGGCAGAAGGCCUACAGUGCAAUUGCAGGUUCCUUAAACCGCAUCUUACUAGAGCAGCAGAGCCAGGUUGAUCUUAAGGCAGGGCUGGUGGCAUCCUUUUGUGGGCCAAACUCUAUGACCAAUCUGCACCCUUGCAAUCAAAAAUCCCCACGUGCGCUACUGCUUAGCAGGUCUCAGUCUGAAAAUUCUGUGAUUGCAAUCGGCAGAGAGAUGUCAAGGGCUGAAAUAGAUCAUGAAACACACCAAGAUGAAGGUCUUCAGCCAACAGAAGACAAGGGAAGUGUUCCAGCAGUUUCUGGAGUCAAUCAAAGGGAUGCUAACAUAGAGGACCCACUUAUCCAAUGUUAUACUGCUCUUCUAGUCUCCACUGUGUCCAGUGAUGAGGAAACCAGUGGAAGUAUAUGUAGAGGAAGGGGUUCAAAUCCAGAUAAUUUUAUUUCCAGUGAAAGGGUUGCUGAACUCCUCAGAGAAGAUGCCAGCUGUCUUAGUGGGAGCCAAGACAAGUCUGAUAGCUGUCAAGAUAAUAAUACCAGAGAGUCACCAGGUUUUCAUCUUUGUACCAACCAAAUCAGUCCGGACCAUUUUAGGGAUGUUUCACCAGAUAGCUUGAAUCAAGUAAUUAGUUCUGGGACAGGUAGCUGUGCUGACUUGAGACUUUCUUCAAGACAAUCUUCAAGACACCCUUCAGCACGAUUUUCAGCUGCUUCUGGAAAGUUGUGUAGCAGUUUGGAAGAAGUAUUCAGAACUCCAGAUGACAGAGAGAUAAAUAUAGAAGAAAGAAUACCUGUGUACCUACAUAACCUUGGCAUUGAUCAGUCACCUUCAUCUAUACUGACUCCAUUUAUGCCCCGAGGACCAGUCAGAGAAAUAGAAUUCUCUCCAACUGAGCUCAGGACACUGAAGACAUCCAAUGAUUUGUUAACACAACACUUGCAGUUAUCAGAAGGGGACUCAUGCUCUAUGGUAGAUGCUAUGCAGUCAAGCUUUAACUCUUCCAUUCUUGUCAUGCCUGCUCCAGCAGGGGCAGACACAGCUCCUGGUACUCCACUGGCUACAGAGCUUUCCCCACAGCCUUCCAGAGACCUCCUCAAUCAGUGUAGCACCGUCUGCCAUCAGUUAGAGUUGCAUGCUCCCACUCCACAGCCUGCAGAGGGCACUUCUGAGUCUCCAGCUGCUCCCAGGGCGGCAGAACAGAGUCAAGUAAUCCAAGGAGUUCCAUCCAACUUCCAUUCUGGUGAGGAGAGAUCUACAAAAUGCGUACAGAUACUGAUGGACAGAUUUGAUUCAGAAGAUUCAAAGGAACUUGGUACAAGUCGAGAGCAGCUGUCUUCUAGCUCUUUGUCUUGCAGAAAAGGAGAAAAAAGUAUAAGUGAAAAAGGUAGUUCUUCAAGUGUAAUUCCUGAAGGAGAAAAAUACGAUUUCUUCAUAGGAUCUGAAACUCUAAUGGAGAUCCAGAAACUUCUGGCAGAGGCAGAAGCUAGAAGCCCAAGUCGAAAUUUUAAAUCUGCCUCGUCCAUCUCAUCCGCAGAUCUGGGCUGUUCAUUAAACCAAAUGAAGAAGAUGGAUGGCUCUGAAGGCUUUGGAUCAGUCAAGGGGAGCAGCCCAGGGCUUCAGAGAAUAUGGUCAUGGGACGAGACCCUGACUAGGCAAAACGUUCACAAAGACAGUGUGCUUGCCAAAACCAUUAGCCUCACUGGUAGCUUGAAAUGGGAUGGCUUGCUUGCUGUGGAUGUUCUCAGCAAUGAACAGAUUCUGCCAGAACAGUCUAGGCCACCAUCCCAAGUAGCUGAAGAAGAACACAAGAUGAAGAAGCCUGUUAGGCGGUCAGAGCCUGAAGGUUGUCUUAAUGUAAAUGUAAAUAAAAGCCUGCCUGUUUUUGUAGGUAGUGCUGCAGAGAGCACAUUAUUCGCCCUCAAAGGAUUGCCGGAUACUUCUAGCAUAGGACCCUUGGACAGCAUCUCUGAUGUUUUGGGGAAGUGUCAUCAAGUCUUAGAGAAAACCAGGAAAGAAACAGUUAGCAGUCAUGAGAGUGAAAAUAGCAGCAGUGUGGACUCACUUGGUAUCAAAGUGAAAAAACUUCUGCAGUGUAACCGUCCUGUGUUACAUGCAAAACAGUGGAUAGAGGGGGAGAAGCCUAAUGAACAUAGUCAGACAGGAAGCUCAGUUGGAGCCAGUGCAGCUUGCAGCAAAGGGAAUAUUGCUCAAGAGAGUGCAAAUGGCAGCAGCUUGGACUCUCUGGCUGUCCGUGUGAAAACUCUCCUGGAAGAUGAAUGCCCUGUGAUGCAUGCAGCCCAGAUCCUGCAGAGUGCAGAGGAGGAGGAAGAAAAAGCACAUGCCUGGGUGAAACUGAAGCUGACUGUUCAACCUGCAGACUCUGUGCCUGACCUAAAUGAGGAAGACCGGCAGAUAAUAGAAGAGAUCAAGAGAGAGCAGUUUUUGAGCACCAGGAAAGCUGAAAUUGUUAAGGAUCGGUUGUGGGGAAACAACUGUGAAAGGAUUUCUAGCCACAGUUCUAUUCUGAAGACAGACACAGAACUCUCAAAAACUUCAAGUGACAAUGAGCUGCAUAAGGACAUCCAGCCACAAAAUCCCCAACUAGUUGAGUUUCCUGGGAUAAAUGCAGUUCAGGCUAGACCAGGGUGCAGAAAUGAUCAUGCCCUUCCAAGUAACCCAGAUAUUAAGCCCUUGUACAGUGACCAAAGCCAUGUCUGCAACCAGCUGAAGACACCCUCAGAAAAUCUCUUGGACUCCAGCCAUAGUUUUCAGGCUCCCCUGUGUCAUGCCACAGACACAUGUUUGUUGGGGCUGACGGGUACUGCCAAGGCAAUCAUAGGAGAGGAAGUGAGUGUCUUGUCCCAGGCAAAGCUGGCUGCGGGCAUCUCUUCUACAGAAUCUGCCAAGCAAAUUACUUCCAUUACUUUUGCAUCCCGUAAAAGGUUGUCUUCUUCUCUUGUGCCCUGUACUAGUAUUACUGAACCAAUUCCUUGUGGAUUGGUACCUUUUCAAACCCAGCCUAUUAGCAAUGAACAGCUGAAGCCUGGUGAGAAUCAGGUGGAAUCUCUUCAACCCUGUGCUUCAACAAGCACCACAGCUGUUCAUGUACCAGAUAAGAGUGUAGGAUUUCCUUCAGGAGGAGAGAAGCAUGAGCAGUUGUCCAUAGUUGUUAGCAAGGAUGAAUAUCCUCGGGAAAAUGUGGAGAAUUCCCAAACCAGUUGCAUUGAUCAAAAGGUCCACCUGAUUACAGAGAAUCAUGAAGAAACCCAAGCUGCUUCUCAAGUUCUUAGCGGGCUGAGAAGAUAUAAGCCUUUAGUUAAUGUUUAUCAUAACCGAUCUAACCCAGAAGACACUACAACUGAUCCUCUCCUUUCCAUCAACGCACCUCAACAAAAGACAGAAAAUGCUUCCCACCAAGAAUGCUUGACGGAUGGCUUGCAAAGUUUUGUCCAUAGUCCUAAGCCACUUCUUCCUACAGGCAAAGAGAGUACACUAUCGGAAGAAAGUACAUCUACGUCUGAUGAAUAUUUAUGCAGGGUUGGAGCCAGGGACACUGGAAGCAGCAGUCCAUUACCCUCGUCUUCCCCAGACUGCAUGCCAGUGUCCCCAUCAUCACCAAUCAGGAAAGCCCUGUCUGGCGUCCACAUUACUCUCUCUCCAAAGCAUGUGGAUCUGGGUCUUUCUAGUCUAAUAGGCACUGGAGCUGAAAUGAGUCGAGUUGAUGGACUUAAAAGUAGCCUUCAACCAACAACUUUAAAUUCUCCAACUCUUUUGCCAGAAACUACCUCUAAUUUGAAAACCAUAGAACUUUCCACAAACCCCCAAGAUACUGCAUACUUUCCAAGGUCACCAUCAUCACCAGAUUCUCACUUUAAGCAUUCCAGUCUUCUAGUUGUAGCACAACCAGUCUCACACCUAAGUCAGGAGCCACUGGAAAUCAGACAGUAUUUACCAGUUACAGACCAAGUAAGCACUGGAGUGCUGGGUUCAUAUUGGCAGAAUCCAGAAGACAACUUAAAGACCACAGCUUCUUCCCAAACAGAAAAGAUGUCAUCAGAUGCCAUCACUCAAAUAACAACAGAAAGCCCUGAGAAGACAACCUAUUCUGCAGAGAUAUUUGUUAGCGGUGACAGUGGUGACAUGGAGGCCCUGAGAACUUGUCAUCGGAAGAAUCGUGAAAUCUUGAGUACUACAACUGCUGCUGUGAACCAAGCCUCCAUUUUGAACAGGCAGACUGAUAAGCCACUGUUGCUGCCAUAUAAACCACCUGGAAGCUCAGAGAUGUACUAUGUUCCCUGCCCGAAAGAAACACUCAGACUCUCGCGUGUCAGAUCAGAGACCACCAUGGAGAGCUCCCAUUCAGGGUCAAAUGAUGCCAUUCCUCCAAAUUUUCCAGCACAGGCGCUUGGCUCAGGGGAUGAGAAUUCUCCUGAUACUGUAGCUGUCAAACACAGAGAGGGUAUCUAUAGUAAAAGGGCUGCGCCUAAGGAUGCUUGGGCAGACGAAAAAGCAACAGCACGGCAAGGUGCCAAAGAAAGUGUGAAAAUUAGGAAUUCCUCAGAAUCUGUGCAGACUACUCAUUCUGUGUUCAGAUCUGCUCAGUUUUACCUGCACCAUCCAGUGCCUCUGCAACAUGAAAUUGACUUCCUUGCUGGGAGCCAGGCCUUGGGGCAAUAUGCACUACAAGAGCAUCAAGCUUUUUCUUCCAAAGACAUCUUCCAGUACAAUGGGAUAUCGGAAAGAAGCCAGGCCUCUUUCUCUCUGCAUCAGCCAACAGGAGAGGAAAGGUUUUCCGCACUAAAGGCUGAACUAGAUUACAGUUUGGCAGAGGAAUCAAGAUCCAAUAAAACUUUGGAGGGAGACUCUCCAAGAGAGGAACUAAAACCACCUGAUGUGAAGAAAUCUGGCUACAAAAUGUCCAACGAGCAGCUUCUUCCAAGCAGCCAACGGAGCAGCUUCAAAGAGAAGCAAGUAGCUGAUCUCCCAGUGAUGCAAAGUGCUCAUUUCACCAGCAGUUUGGAUGAACUCUGGGCUAAAUACUUAGAGCGUCAAAAGCAGCAUCAGCAACAUAAUCCUGGUAGCGGCAACAGCAGAAAUGAGCUGUCUCUAGUGCAGCGACUAGAUCGCUUAGCUAGACUCCUGCAAAACCCUAUUAGGCACUCACUGGUGCCUGCCAGCGAUGAACAGAGCAAUGUCCAAGAGGAACCAAAAGGAAAAGAGACAAAGAAGAUUAUUUCCCAAGGCAAUAUGGCAUGCAAAGGCAACCUGGCAACACACAGCAGCAUAAGAAAGGUGGAAGAGAGGCCAGAUGCCACCAGUGAUACGCGGCUGUCAAAAUCUAGGCAUCAUAAAAUUGGUGGUACUGCAGCUAUUGACCGCAAGGAUAGAAACUUGGAGCAGCAUCAGAAUUCAGAGAUUUUGAGUGACACCUCUUCAGAAAUGAGGCCUGUUAAAGACUCCAGUGUGUUAACUGACAUCACCUCCGAUUCAGAAAUAACUCAGCUGGAGAUUGCCUCUCAGACAGGGGCAAGUGGUUCCAUUUCCACCAUCGACACAGACAGACUGAUCAGGGCUUUUGGGCAUGACAGAGUGCAGGUAUCUCCUAGACUGUCCCAGCUGUACAGCACCAUCAGCCUACAGAAGACUCGCUCUGAGAAGUGGGCCAAGGCAAGCAGGAAAGGCAGGGCAGCAGACUACCCCAAAACAGCUCUUGCUGAACAGAAAAGAAAAGAUGCUCAGGCAACAGACUCUUUCAUUUCAUCAGAUUCAGUUUCUACCAUCAGCAGCUCCCACGGACCAAGCCCUGCUCUCAGUAACAAGCGGAGCAGGCGGAUGUUAAACAAGGCUGUUCAAGCAGGAGACUUUGAGAUUGUGAACAGUGCAACGAAGAAGCACACUCGAGAUGUCGGCCUGACUUUCCCCACCCCAACAUCCAGCCAAGCAAGGCUGCGGCAAGACCUACAGAGUGGAACAGAGUAUGAAUUUGCCCAGUCAGAUGGACUCAUUCCAGAAAGCAAGGGCAAACAGAAGAGGCAGCCGAGCAGGUUUCUUGCAGAAAAAAGGCCAAGAAGGAACAAGCCGCAGUGGCUGCAAGGAGUCUCUUGGUUUGUUCCAGCAGAGGAUUUAAAAUCUGACUCCAACAAAGGAAAUGGAUCCAGCUUUAUUCCUGAUUCUGGUCUCUCAUGGUUUGAAGCUCUGCCCAACCCAAAGCCUUGGCGAGAGCCCCUCCGAGAGAAAAACUGGCUUGAGGAUCACAGUGGUCUCCAGGUGUGUCUGAUGGCUCCAGCGAGAGACGUUGAGAAUAAGCCACCCCCACCUUUUGUGAAAAUGACCCUGCAGGAGUCUCUUGCACUGCACCGCCCUGAUUUCAUUUCCAGCUCUGGGGAACGUGUGAAACGCCUCAAGCUAAUCAUGGAAGAAAGGAAACUACAGAGCAUGCUCCAGGGUGCAAGAGAAGAAUUAUUUAAUCCUCAUGAAGAGAGAAGAAGCUACCAUCUUCCUAACAGAGACUACAGGGCUCUACAGAGGAAAAGAGCAAUUUCCAAGAAUGAAAUGGUUCAGAGAUCCAAACGUAUCUAUGAGCAGCUGCCUGAAGUUCGAAAAAGAAAAGAAGAAGAGAAGAGAAAAUCUGACUAUUCUACGAAUCGUUUAAAGGCUCAGCUUUAUAAAACGAAAAUCACCAACCGCAUUUUAGGAAGAAAAGUACCUUGGGAAUGAUGUUGAAAACAAACAAGCAACCUUCUGUUUCAAUAAAAAACUAUCAUACAUAGUGAAUAUUUCACCACCUUCCCUGUUUAAGUUAGAAAUUGUGUGAAUAGAUUACUCAGGCAGUUUUGCAAUUAAGCAAAAUAUGCUUCAUGAGUUUCAAUUAGCAUCUCUAGAUGUCCUUCCUAGCUAACAUAUGACUGUUUCUAUAUAUCUGAAAUGCCAGUGAUCUCAUGAAGAUUAAAAAAGGUUUCUGAUAAAUAAUUGGUUUUUAGUAGCGUGCCUUUACUCUUCCAGAUCAUAGUAGCUUAGAAAUAAUUUAUAAGAACAUUUCAAUCAUUGUUUUUGUGUGUGUGUGUAGCUUUUUUGUUUAUUUAUUUGAUACUUGAAUUUAAGGGUUUUUGCACUUUUUUAUAGUUGAAUUGCUAAC